UUUAGCAAAAAGAUUUGAUUGGUCCUCUACACUACAAUUUUAAGUUUUACACUGAUAAACUCCCAACAUUCUUUCCUAAUAUUUCCUACGUAAAGUUGAGUUGGACACAGACAUUUAUCUCUCUGUCAAUGCUGCAUGUCCAACUCUUACGCACAACAUCAACCACAGUCCCAAACCCAAAACUCAAAUGCAUUCUCUCCUGCCUUCACUCUCACUCUCACUCUCAAUGCACCAAUGUUCCACCACCACAAUCACAGCCCAAAUCCUCCACUCACUUACAUGCCCUCUUAGAACCACUACUCAACCAAAACCCACCUCACAUUCUCUUCUACGCACCCAUUUUCCAGUUCUUAACUGGCCUCAGCCUCUCCAAACUAGGCCAACAAAUCCAUGCUCACUUAACCCUUCGUGGCCUCAAACCCAAUUCCUACCUCGCUGCGAAGAUGAUAGCUAUGUAUGCAAGUUUUGGUCAUUUUAACACUGCCAUGACUCUGUUUCAAAAAAUCCAUCUCCCAACUGUUCGUUUAUACAACUCUAUACUUCGUGCUUCUGCUUUAUAUGGGUAUUCAAAAACAGUCAUUGAUUUAUAUUUUAAAAUGCACUCUCUUGGACUUAAAGGUGAUAGCUUUACAUACCCUUUUGUGCUCAAGUGUUGUGCGGACUUGUCGAGUAGUUGGAUGGGGAAAUGUGUUCAUGGGAUGAGUUUGAGACUUGGGUUGGUGUUUGAUUUGUAUGUUGGGACUUCCUUGAUAGAUAUGUAUGUGAAAUGUGGCAAGUUGAGGGAUGCUCAUAAGGUGUUUGAUAAAAUGUCUGUGAGAGAUGUUUCUUCUUGGAAUGCAUUGAUUGCGGGGUAUAUGAAGGAUGGGGAGAUUUGUGUUGCUGAGGGUUUUUUUAGAACAAUGCCGUGUAGGAAUAUUGUUUCUUGGACUGCUAUGAUAUCGGGGUACACGCAGAAUGGAUUGCCUGAGCAGGCAUUGUGUUUGUUUGAGGAGAUGUUGAAGGAAGAUUCAGAGGUAAAGCCUAAUUGGGUAACUAUAAUGAGCGUGCUUCCUGCUUGUGCAGAGUCUUCGGGUCUUGAGCAUGGGAGACGGAUUCAUGAUUUUGCUAGUAAGAUUGGUUUGGACUCGAAUGCCUCUGUGCUGACAGCACUUGUUGCAAUGUAUGCUAAAUGUGGAAGCCUCACUGAUGCUCGUCAAUGUUUUGAUAGGAUACGUGAAAAGAAUUUGGUUACUUGGAAUACGAUGAUAACUGCUUACACUUCCCAUGGAUGCGGAAUGGAAUGUGUAUGGACUUUUGAGGACAUGAUCCGAGAGGGUACUCAACCGGAUACCAUCACAUUUACAGGGUUAUUAUCUGGAUGUGGCCAUUCGGGCCUUGUUGAUGUUGGCUUGAAAUACUUCAACUGUAUGAGCACAGAACACUCUAUCAAACCAAGAGUUGAACAUUAUGCUUGUGUUGUUGAUCUUUUGGCUCGUGUAGGGCGAUUGGUGGAAGCAAAAGAGCUUAUUGAUCAAAUGCCCAUGCAAGCAGGACCAAGCAUAUGGGGUGCAUUGUUGGCUGCUUGUCGGAGCCACCACAAUUUGGAAAUUGCAGAAAUUGCAGCUAGAAAGUUGUUUGUCUUAGAACCAGAAAAUAGUGGGAAUUAUGUCCUGCUUUCAAAUAUGUAUGCUGAAGUUGGCAAGUGGGAAGAGGUGGACAAUUUGAGAGCUCUUCUAAAAUUACAUGGCAUGAAGAAAAGUACUGGAUGCAGUUGGAUGAGAUAAAUGGGAAAGCCUAGUUAUUUCUUGGUGGAGAUGCAUCUCACCCUCAAGCGAAGGAAAUUUAUAUGUUAUUGGAGGCAUUGCCUGACAAGAUUAAGGCAGCUAGCUAAACUCUUGACACUAGUUUUGUUUUGCAUGAUGUUAUUCAAGAGUAGAAAGAAAAUCCACUGUGAAAAGUUAGCCAUUGCUUUUGGGCUUUUAAACACCAGUCCUACUGUACUACUUUGUGUGACAAAAAACCUUCCAAUUUGUGGAGAUUGUCACGCAACCACCAAGUUCAUAUAAAUAAUAUAUGGACAGGAGAUAAGACUGCCUACCAUGACCUUUUCCAGACCUUGUAAAAGUGGGAGUUUUGUGCACUAGGUACGACAGGAUAAUUUUGAGGGAUGUGAAUCAAUUUCAUCAAUUUACAGAUGUAUCCUGCUCUAUGGAGAUUAUUGGUAAUUAGCAUGUUAAGAAGCAAGCCAAGUCCUUAGCUUCUUAUGCAUUUUCUAUUUACUACUUCUCUGGUGAUAUGUUCGAAUCAUAACAGGACGCUUUUGCUCAUCUUGCACCAUAUUUCAAUAUAAAAUUCAAACUUUGACGUGGAUGCCAGUUGCCAAAGGGAAUUCUAAUGUCAAAGUCCCAAAGUAGCUACGCAAAAUUUCAAAAGUUUAGGCUUCAAGUUGAGCAUUUUUGCUUUGGGAACUCAUGGAUUUCUUGGAUGCUGACAGAAACCAUGGCCCUACAUUUAGGGAGCAUUUUCCACAUAAUGUUGCUAAUGGUUUUCAGCCUGAUCUGGUGGCUUGGGAACAUACACAUGGAGUCCACAUCCUUUAUCUGUAUCUUACACUCAAGAAGGUGACACUUGAAGCCAAAUCAUUAGUUCUUUUCGUAAUAUCUAACAAGUGUGCAGUCUGUAUUUUUUGGAGUCCACGACCUUAUUUGGAUCUUACACUGAAGAAGCCUUGAAGACUCCGCUGCCUCUCUCUCACACAAUUUCUUCCACACUUCACGUUGUCUCUCUCUCACACAACUUUUUCACAAUCAAUCGUCUCUUACGCCUGGGUUUUUCUUUCAGAGGGCCAAUACAAAACUAGUUUAUGCUUGUGAAUGGAUCUCAAUGCCAUUGAGGCACUCCAACACAAUCUACAAGCCAGUUCAGUGAGUGAUCGUUGUAUCAUACUUGAAGGAGAUAACCAGAUUACAGCACCUAAAGCAUGGAAAUUAUGGAACGAAAACAGGGCCAUGGAACUGAUGGAUGCUCUGAUGGAAAAGCUGAUACCUGCAUCAGAAGUCUUACGAUGUAUACAAGUCAGUCUAUUGUGUGUGCAACAACACCCUGAAGACAGGCCCCUAAUCACUUCUGUUCUUUUGAUGUUGGAUAGUGAGAAUUCUUCACUACCUCAACCAAAACAGCCUGGAUUUUACACAGAAAGGUCUAUUACAGAGACUGACUCAUCAUCAUCAGGGAAAACUCCAUAUACUGCAACUGAAUUAACCAUUACAAUGUUACAAGGUAGGUAGCAUGGUGAUUAGAACUCUGUAUAUGUUCUUCACAAAGCAUACGUAGCUUUGUAGAUUCAAUUUAUUUUCCUCCAAAAUCUAAAAUGUACAAGGGUUAGGAAGAUAUGUAUUCUUUGGUUAUUUCUAUGUAAUUGUCAACUCUUUAUUUGUUGAAAAUGAAGCGAUUUGGAAUUGAUCACAAUAUACCUG